GCCCAAACCGGUACUCGGUAACAUAUCACAUACCGUCAGGCAUAACUGCAUAUCAUUAUAUAAGUGUUUUAAGGACAAUAAAUAGUGUCUAAAAACAGUCCAAAGUCCGGAGUACGCAGUCGCUGGUCUACAGUUCUACGUUUGACUUUGAAAGAUAGUCAAUCAUUGGCUAUAGUUUAUAGAUAAAAUAAAUUUUUUUACGUGCAGUUCGUAGGAGCAGGAGGUCAUAAGAAGUGAUUUUUCUUGAAAUUUUUAAAAAUCUAAAGUUUCUCGAAUUAAUAAACGUCUUAAGUUCAAUAUAACUAUUGUUAAAUAAUAUUCUUCAAAAUGGCAAUUUUUAUAAGAUCGUCAAUGUCUAAAUCAAAAUUGAUUUUUUCGAUGUCGAAAAUUAUUACACCUAUAACUUCAAUGAAGCUAUCCACAUGUAACUUGGAGUAUAUUAUUACUGAAAAAGUUGGCGAGAAACAAAAUGUUGGCCUUGUCAAACUCAAUAGACCUAAAGCUUUGAAUGCUUUAUGUGAUGGUUUGGUCACAGAAUUAACUGAAGCUGUAUCUGCUUAUGAUGCCGAUGAUUCAAUUGGAGCUAUUGUUGUCACUGGUAGUGAUCGUGCAUUUGCGGCUGGUGCUGAUAUUAAAGAAAUGCUUGACAAGACUUAUUCAACUAAUCUAAAAACUGGUUUACUCAAGCAAUGGGACAAUCUGAGUAAAUGCAAGAAACCAGUUAUUGCUGCUGUAAAUGGUUUUGCUCUGGGUGGUGGAUGUGAAUUAGCAAUGAUGUGCGAUAUAAUCUAUGCUGGAGAAAAAGCUAAAUUUGGCCAACCUGAGAUUGUAAUUGGAACCAUUCCUGGAGCUGGUGGUACUCAGCGUAUGAUACGUUCUUGUGGUAAAAGCUUUGCAAUGGAGGUAUGUUUAUCUGGAAACCAGAUUUCUGCUCAGGAAGCUUUAUCUAGAGGAUUAGUUAGUAAGGUGUUCCCACCAGAAAAGUUAGUUGAAGAGGCUAUUAAAUUGGCUGAAAAAAUUAGUGAACAUUCACCUUUAAUUGUUGCAUUGUGUAAAGAAUCUGUAAAUUAUGCAUAUGAAUCGAGUUUAAGCCAAGGCUUACAAUUUGAAAAGAAGUCAUUCUAUGGAACUUUUGCAACAGAUGACCGAAAGGAAGGAAUGACUGCAUUCAUUGAAAAAAGAAAACCAAACUUUUCUAAUAAUUAAUUAUAAAUGUAAUUCUAUUGUAUAUUUUUUUAUACAAUUAUUGUUUACAUUUAAAUUUUAAUGUAUUGUUAAUUUUUUAUACAAAAUAUAUCUACUAUCUUUGUUCAA